AUUUGUGCAUGGGACCUGCAGCUUGCCUCCCAUUCUCUUCUCCAGCUUUCUAUGUACCCGGGACCCCCGGCCAUCUCCUCCACAUUGUAUCACAGCCAGGUGACAUUGGGGUCACUUGGCAUGCAUUGACCUGGAAGUAUCAUUUUAUCCUGGCACCGUCUGACUGACCACAUGGCACCCUGGGAGUUGGGCACAGUGGUGCUGGUGAUGACAUGGGUCGUUGUGGGUGCAACCAAGGGGCAGCUUAAUUGCAAAGAAGUCCGUGCCAGCUUCCACUCCCUGCAGCCAGGGGUGAGAUGGGUGCCAGAGUCACCUGUGUCAGGGGCUGAUCUACAAGUCUGUGUCACGAAAACAUCUACCUGUUGCUCUAAGAAGAUGGAAGAUAGAUAUCAAGUUGCAUCACGUCUAAACAUGGAACAACUUCUCCAGUCUGCCAGUGCCAAACUCAAAUCCUUGAUCAUACAGAAUGCUGCAAUAUUCCAAGAAGCGUUUGAAAUUGUAAUACGGCAUGCAAGAAACUAUACAAACACAAUGUUUAAGAAUAAGUACCAGAACAUCUCAUCAAGGACUGCCAAGUUUGUAAGUGAAUUAUUCACGGACAUUUCACUUUAUGUGUUGGGGUCGGAUAUAAAUGUGAACGACAUGGUCAAUGAGUUUUUUGACAGUCUGUUCCCUGUAUUGUACACUCAUUACCUAAACCCUGGAGUCCAAGAAUCUGUUGAGAAUCUAGAAUGUCUCCGACUCGCUAGGCGGGAUAUCGGUGCUUUUGGCCAUUAUCCCAAAACCAUCAUGACACAAGUAUCAAAGUCCUUGCAAGCUUCACGAGUUUUCCUUCAAGCUUUGAACCUUGGCAUUGAAGUCAUCAACACUACAGAUUAUUUAAAAUUCAACAAGGAUUGUGGAAGGAGCCUACUGAAAUUAUGGUAUUGCUCCCACUGCCAAGGUCUUCUGGCGACACGACCAUGUGCUGGCUAUUGCGGAAAUGUAAUGAAAGGUUGUCUGGCAAGUGUGGUUGAAAUUGAUACCCACUGGAAUCUAUACAUUGUUUCAAUAGAACGGCUUACUAAAGAAAUGCACGGAAUUUAUGAUUUAGAGCGGGUUUUGCUCAAUCUCUUCUCACUAGUUCGAGAUGCCAUAGUACAUGUUGAGAAGAACCGAGGAAGACUAUCCACAGCAAUAAAUAAAAUAUGCAACCCUUCUAAGCAACGAGUAUCAAGGUCAGCGCACAAUCUGAGAGACUUCAAUGUUAAUAAAAAAUUAUUCAACUAUCACACGGAGCAUGAAGAGACUCUCUCUGGCAAGAGACGAGAAUUUAUUACAAAGUUGAAAACGUACAGCAAUUUUUAUGGCAGUCUGCCUGGCCUCGUGUGUCGUCAUAGUGAUAUCGCUGAAAAUGAUACCUCUUGUUGGAAUGGGCAAGAGAUAGUAGAGAGAUACAGUCAGCACACAUUAAAGAAUGGUUUGAAGACUCAGACAAGCAGCCAAGAUGCAAAGACCAAAGUCUCCGAACCUGUAAUUAAUCAGAUCGUUGAUAAAUUGAAUCAUAUCAACCAGCUUUUGAAAGGAAUGUCAACACAACGACGGAAACACAUGGGUAGAACUAUCGCCGAGGAGGAGCAAAUGAGUGGUGAUUGUGAUGAUGAAGAUGAAUGUGAAGGUGGAUCCGGACGGGAAGGACUGAGAAUUAGGAACCAACUGCGUCUUAUACCAGAUUUGGAUUAUGAUCUGGAUAUUGAUGACAUUCCAUUUAACAAGCAAGUACGGAACCAACUGGAUCAAAAUGGAAGAAAAACCAGUCACCUUCCAUCUGGUAACAGCAGGGCCGAAUCUUCGUUAACCAAUCUCUGUCUAAUCCUGGUAGUCCUCCUCUUGGGGCUUCUUUCAGUGGACUGAAACCUUGGAUUAAACCCAAUUUCUUGAUCUAGCACUGAACUAGCAAACUGAAUUUGCAAAUUUAUAAUAUUUCUCAAACCAUUGUAAACAAAUUCUUGGAGCAAGUGGAAUUUUAUAUAAUAAACAAUUAUUAAUCUAUGA